AUGCAGCUCCCCAAGAACAGCCUGGCCCUUGGCCUGGCCUCCAUGCUGGCCAUCGCCACUGCCCAUUACGCCGAUGACAAACAGUCCAAGAGCAAUCCGUCAUCGGCAUCAUUCACCGACGAUCAUAUGGGCCCGGCCGCAUUCAUGUGGCCCCCUGACCGAGUCUGGUUGGGCAAGAUGGACAACACAGCUCCUUGUGGAUCAAGCGCUGCCCCAGGCGUCAGGACCAAAUUUCCCUUGAACGGCGGCUUAGUCGCCCUCGUGGCACAGGACGACUACUACGACUCCAAGAUCAGCAUAUCCUACUCCAAAGAUCCGGCCAGCAACAAUGACUUUUCCCCCCUUGUGAGCUCAACCGACAUCAAUGACCUCAACCCUGGCCACACCUGUGUCAAGGUCCCUGAUGCUCCCGAACGUAUCACUGCCGGCACCAAUGCCACCCUGCAGAUCAUCUACAGGGCAGACUGGGACGCCCCCCACAACCAGACUUUCUACGCAUGUGCCGAUAUUACCUUUGUCUCGGCUUCCGAUUUUGUUAGUGACAGUAGCUUUUGUUUCAACGCUACCGAGCCCGGCGAGGAUGAUAAGAAGGCGGAUGCCGCCGGCGGAUCCAAGCCCACCGCGAACUCUGACAACUCCGGCAGCUCGGCAGGUUCAAAGUUGGGAGCCGGCGCCAUCGCCGGCAUCGUCAUCGGCUCUCUGGUCGGCGUGAGCUCCGUCGCUGCCGCUCUGCUCCUCCUGUACCGCCGCAGGCAGCAGAAGCAGCGCCAGCUGCGCCUCGCACGUAUGGAAGAGAACGCACGUCGGGACCAGUUUCCCAUGCACAAGUACUCAUCUUCGCAAAAUAGUUCAUAG